GAAAGGGAUUGCAGUGAGAAUCUGGCUGGAGCUGGGUUCUUCAGUCUUUACACUACUAGUAACUGCCGUUUCUACACAGAAAAAAUUUCCGGCCAUCCUGAAAAAGGUUUAAUUCGCUAUACUGUCACCGGUCGGCGAGGAUGACGGCGCCGCUGACAGAGCUAGAUGACGAUACGGUGCGCAGCAUGUCCAUAGCGGCGGUUUUCUCCGACUUCGGUGGGAAAAUAAAUUCUCUUGAUUUCCAUCGCAAAGAUGAUUUACUUGUCACAGCAAGUGAGGAUGACUCAGUGCGACUAUAUGACAUUGCCAAUGCUAAGUUGUUGAAGACCACUUAUCAUAAGAAACAUGGUGCUGAUCGCAUUUGUUUUACUCAUCAUCCAAACUCUGUUAUAUGUUCUUCUAAGUACAAUUUGGAGAGUACUGGAGAAUCAUUGCGGUAUUUAUCAAUGUAUGACAACCGAUGCUUACGCUACUUCAAAGGACAUAAACAGAGAGUUGUUUCUCUCUGCAUGUCUCCAAUCAAUGAUAGCUUCAUGUCUGGUUCUCUGGACCACAGUGUUAGAAUAUGGGAUCUUCGUGUAAAUGCCUGCCAGGGAAUCUUACGUCUACGCGGUAGGCCUGCUGUUGCCUAUGACCAACAGGGCCUGGUCUUUUCUGUAGCAAUGGAAGGGGGAGCUAUCAAAUUGUUUGAUUCACGUUCAUAUGAUAAGGGUCCCUUCGACACCUUUUUGGUUGGCGGUGAUACAGCUGAGGUUUGUGAUAUCAAAUUCAGCAAUGAUGGCAAAUCAAUGCUUCUGACUACCACUAAUAAUAAUAUCUACGUUCUUGAUGCAUAUGGAGGAGAAAAGCGCUGUGGGUUUAGUUUGGAACCAUCUCCUGGUACCACAAUAGAGGCUACAUUUACCCCAGAUGGGAAGUAUGCUGUGGCAGGUUCGGGAGGUGGAACCAUGCAUGCUUGGAAUAUUGAGACCAGAAAUGAGGUUGCAUGUUGGAGCAGCCACAUUGGCGUACCUUCGUGCUUGAAAUGGGCCCCUCGCAGGGCUAUGUUUGCUGCAGCCUCUUCUGUUCUUACCUUUUGGAUACCUAAUAAUAAUGGUAAUGGUUCAAAUCCGAGAGCUGAGUAUGGUGGAACUGACGCUGAACCUGGACCUCAGUCCCAACCAUUCGUUCAUUGACAACUGAGGUUUCUCUAAAACCUACGGUUUCGAUGCACGAAGAAAUCAGUCAAAGCAUUUUCUUGGCCAACUUCGCAGAUUAUGGGAAUGUUUUCAAUUGUAAAUUCCUUAGUAGAAUGUUCUUUUUAGGAAAAAAGCACACUUGAUACUCCUGAAGUUAUUUUGUAAUUUUGUUUCACUAUCACUCCAACCAAAUGUUUUCAAAUGAAUUCAGCUUAAUCAUUCUGUUAAAAAUUGACA